UCGCUUAGUACGCUCGUUGUGCAACUAGCGUGUCUGCAAYAGUCCGUUGAGUAAGUCGUUUUUASUAACGUAUAUUGUCUCUAGUCWAUUCAAUACAUUCUGUGGAAAUGGCAAAGAUUGAACUAAAGACAGCUGGAACUAACUUGUUGAAGAGUGUUUCUGGAGAGAGUGUGGAGCUCCAGUCUUUAUGGCGUGACAAGCCUGUGGUCCUGUUCUUCCUGCGCAGGUUUGGCUGCCAGGUGUGCCGCUGGACAGCUGCAGAGAUCAGUAAACUGGAACCAGACCUGACAGCCCAUGGUAUCGCCCUGGUGGGCAUUGGACCUGAGGAGACAGGCCUGAAGGAGUUUAAGGAGGGGGGAUUCUUCAAAGGAGACCUUUACAUUGACGAGAAAAAGCAAUGCUACAAGGACCUGGGCUUCAAAAGGUACACGGCUCUGAGUGUGGUUCCUGCAGCACUGGGGAAGAAAGUACGAGAGGUUACGACAAAGGCCAAAGCUCAAGGGAUCCAGGGGAACUUCACUGGGGACCUCCUACAGAGUGGAGGCAUGCUCAUUGUGGCCAAAGGUGGAGAAAAAGUACUGCUACACUUUGUCCAGGAUUCACCCGGAGACUAUGUACCAUUGGAGGACAUUUCCAAGGCUCUUGACAUCUCAGCCAAUGUACAAGCAGGGGAGAGACCACAGUGCAACGAUGAUGUUUGUACCAGAUGAAGCCUGAACACACCCUGGACUUGUGACAACUCAAGUGCACUUUGGGGAGGAGAGCUGAACCCCGACCACCAAUCAAGAGGGGCAAAUCUGGACUGUGAAGCAGGAUGAUUAUAACCUUUUGAAUCUGCGUCAAUGGUUCUUAUAAUAGAUACUCUAACUCGGUACAACCAAAUCAAUUUUGAUUCUCGAUAUAGUAGAUUACUAGAUGUUUUCCAGCUUGUAAAUCCUUAUUUAUAAAUGAUUGUGCAUAAUGUUAUUAAAUAGUAUAAAGUUGCUUGUUUACUAGUGAGAGGCCAGUCACUCCAGUUCCGUCACAGAGCAGCUCAUUUAAACACUCACUGUAUGUGUGCUGAGGCUGGUGCUGACUUACGCAUGCCUCGCUAGACAUUCCUAUAAAUUAUCCUGAUACUUUUUCCUUAAUCAGAUACCUCACAUAACAUUUAACAUUGUAGAUUUUAUUGUAUAGUAAUUGCUCAUUGGCUUGUGACGUUCUACAAUGUACUGUUUGAAAUACUUUUUGUAUGUAUGUGUUGUGCCCAAUUAAAAUUAAAACUAGCUGUUUAGUGGCUUAUGGGAUUGAA